CCGGUACGGUGCGGUACGGCGGGUGUAAUAUAGUGAACGGCGAAUGCAUGGCAAAUGACAAACGUGAACCUAAUGUAGUUGGCUCAAUGCGUAAUGACGAGCAAUAGCUUGUGUGAGUGCUAGUGCGGGUGCGGUCGUGUAGGCCAUACAUAUUACGUUCAACUGGCUCAAUUACGUGCCUGGAGUGUGUUUGCCUUUAUAGAUUUGACUUGAACAUGAGCUAGAAGUUUUCUUCCGAGUGAUCAGUUUCUUUCCUAGCUUUUUUUCGCAUGUGUUGUCCGAGCUGACAAAAUGUGAUAUUUACAAACGGAGAAAACGGACAGUUCCAGUUCUCUCUGCAUUAGAAAUCAUCGUACUGCUAUGAUCGCCACUUCAGUUCUGCGAACCACAUCUUGAACACGUCGGGCAUCGUUUCUUUCAACACGCUAUUUAAAAAAUUCCUAAAUAAUAAUAUUAACAAUCACGGCAAUAAGUAUAAGAGAGACAAAAGCAAAAGGCGAGAAAACAAAGCGAGAUACGGAAAAGAAAAAACGAUGAUGGAUCACGUAUUGAAAAAUUAUAGGAAAGUUUGGCCUGAAAUAUGCCAGCGAUAGCAGUAACACUUGAACAAUCUUCAAGAACAUCGUCGACUGAAACAGCGGAACAGUGUCAAUCUUUGUCAUCAUUGUUAUCUUCAUCCUGGGGUCACCGGGUAUACGCAACCCGACGUGAUCUCUUUGUGUCAGCGAUCAUCGAUCCGUAUUCCAGCAGAGCAGUGCACCAUUUGGAUUUAAAUGCAUGCUUCGCGAACGAGUUACAUUUGGAACAAAAUUUAGUAGAUUGUCAAACAAUUCAUUUUAGUUAUGCAAUUCCAAUUAACGUCGUACCGAUUCGUGAGAGUCCCAAGCUGGUCAAAUUGGUGUUAGAUCAGUCCGUUGAGUUAAACGGUCAGGCGGUGAACUUUUUACUAGACCGUCAUCCGCAACUACAUCGACGACAUCUCCAUGAUAUGGCUGCCACUGCAAAGCAUGAUCUACGUCAGAAAUUUCCCGCGGAUACGUCCACUUCCGGUGAGGAAGAUAUUGCCGCAAUUGCCAAGCAGAUUAGCGAUCACGCAGAGGCGAUUUAUCAGACGUGGAAGAGUCGUGGAUUAGCACCGACAGAGAUCUUAACUUGCCACAGCAACGCAACGGCUGUUGAUAAAUUUGGCAGCGCAUUGACACCUUGUAAUUUGCCCGCUGUCGGGAAUACCAUCGCUGUGAACAACAUUGGUAGUAAGAUGUUACCAUCUCUUGGAUGUUCUUCUCCGACAACAGUAGAUAUACUCACCCAAACGCCAAAUUUAGACAAUGGUAAUCUUGAAAAACUAGUCAACAACUUUGUAGUAGAAGAUAAAGCUAGAAUAGCUGCUUUCAAGCAAAGAUCGCCGUCAAAGCCAUUACCGUCUUCCAUACAAUUUGCCUUGCAGAAAUUUGAGAGAAAUUCCAUGCAACAGCAGCAGGUGGCUGGUUCUAUGAAAAACGAUACAAUUACGACCGAUAAUCCAAAAAAAUUGACAAAUGUUUUGUUAUCUCCUAUCUCGUCGUUUCCGAACAAACCGUCGCAAAUAGUAAAGCCCCAAAUUACCGCGAAGACGCCCAGCUCUCAUCAUUGUGACAUCCUUCUGGAAACAAUUGAGACCACUUUUCCAGCUGAUCUGACACCUUCUAAAAGAGCGACACAGCAAAGGAGACCUACUAGUACAUUAAUCGCGACAUCGCCCAUCAGUUCUUCGUUAAAUAUCGAUUCGUUGCACUCGACGAGUUCGGGGCUGACAACGUGGCCAUUGAAAAACAAACUAAACGAUACCAAAAGAAUUACAGACGUUUCUCGUACACCAGUUAAAACAACCCAGCAAGAGGAUGCGGCACAAGUUUUACCAGCAAAAGAUGAAAAGAGAUCGAUCGUGACAAAAACAAAUUCGAGAUGCGCGUAUCUGGACGAAGUCGCGCGGGAGGAAGAAAGAUUGAUAAACGCGUUGAAAACAGGUGCCGUCAUCACAGAGGAACCCGAAAGAACGGCUAUACGCAAUAGACAAAAACCGGCCAUCAAGCGCGAGAAACCGAAAGUUGAAUCGGUCAAGCAAAUUAUUAUUGGAAGCCAUAAUUCUCAUAGAACUAGCUCAAUAGUAUCUAGCUCUGCAAUAUCCAGUUCGCCAGCGAGUGCAUCCAAUAGCGCCGUCAUCGUAAGUCAUAUUCCGUUAGUUAACGAAUCGAAGUCGCUCAGCAAGGAUGAUUUAUCGACUAUGUCAGCGGUGGAUUACGCUAAGGUUAGAUACCAAGCUGCUCAACAGAAUCCUCCUACACAGCAGAGGCUCGAGGAACAACGGGCUUCCAGUCAUUCGUACAAUUCAACCACAGAGCAAUUGGUUUCUAGCGCAAAAACAAAAUUUGAAAUGGAGAUACAAAAGGAUAAGGACAUUAAGGAUUCAGACAAGGAUUCGGUGACGUCUAAAUGGGGACCGAGAAUCACUCCUUUGCGGCCACGUCUCGAGCAAACAGUACCUCAUCCGGAAUUGACUAACCAACAGAAACAGCAUAUAAGAGCAGCGGCCGCGGCGACAAUGGGCAACAAUCCUGUGAGACCAUUUCUUACCAGGGGUUCUGUGGCAGAGCGCGUACUUAUCUUUGAGAAAUGCCCGAGCGAAUUGCUAUUGGACAAGCGUGGUCCACGGCAACCGGCCAUUAACAUGUGGAGAAGUGGCCACGAGGUGCAGAGCAAAGCUCAGACUUAUACGAGAGAAAAGACUCAACAAAAGAAUUUGCCGCCACAUACAACUUUACAGAGACAGGUCAAAGCCAAUAGAAAUGUUUACAUACCGAGAUUUUAUUUUCCUGGAGGAAAGCCAGUUCCUCUCUCACAAUUGGAAAUGACCGUCUCGAAGAUUACCGCAGCCUUUCAAAGUUUAUCGAAUUGUCGUGCUACUCGCGUGCAAUUUUGUACCAUCACAAAGGCUUGUGACUUGCCCUUAUAUUGGAAAGUACCGCUUUUCUUAGCGGCGGACGGUGAACAGAAAGGAUACGUCGAGAUGAAUGCUUUCUUGGAAUUUUGGAAAGAACUAACAACUACUCAUCACGAUGCAGCUAGUAAAUUUGUCAGAAUUGUCACUCGAGCACUUCGGAGCAAUAUCCUUCCAGAGGAUUUAAUUCCACUCGUACAGGACGUAGUGGAAACGCAUCCAGGAUUGACAUUUUUAAAAGAAGCUACGGAAUUCCAUUCCCGUUAUGUGCACACGGUGAUUGCCAGGAUAUUUUAUUGCGUGAACCGAAAUUGGAGCGGCAAGAUUUCAGUCGCGGAAUUAAGAAGGAGCAAUCUGCUGGCAGUGAUCGCCGUGCUUGAACACGAGGAAGAUAUCAAUCAAGUCACCGCCUACUUUAGCUAUGAACAUUUCUAUGUGAUAUAUUGCAAAUUCUGGGAGUUGGAUCGCGAUCACGACCUUUUCAUAGAUAAAAUGGAUUUAACAAGGCACAACGAUCAUGCGUUAUCGACCCGAAUGAUCGAAAGGAUAUUUAGCGGUGCUGUAACAAGAGGUAGUAGGAUAAAGGGCAGUAAUAAUACGCAACAACCAGAAGAUAAGAUGAGUUAUACGGAGUUUGUGUGGUUUCUUCUCAGCGAAGAAGAUAAAAAUCAUCCAACUGCUAUUGAAUAUUGGUUUAGAUGCAUGGAUCUCGAUGGCGAUGGUUAUUUGUCGAUGUACGAGUUGGAAUACUUUUAUGAAGAGCAAUUACAUCGAAUGGAAGCGAUUGGUCUGGAAACAUUGCCUUUCGAAGACUGCCUUUGUCAGAUGUUGGAUAUGAUUCAUCCGGCAACACCAGGCAAAAUAUCAUUAAGCGACUUGAAAAAUUGUAAAAUGACGUCCAUUUUCUUUGAUACUUUCUUCAAUCUGGAAAAGUACCUGGAUCACGAACAAAGGGAUCCUUUUGCCUCGACGAGAGAUCACGAUGUUGAUGGUCCUGAGCUCUCUGAUUGGGAUCGGUUUGCAGCGGAAGAGUAUGAAUUAUUGGUUGCUGAAGAAAAUGGCAGUGAACAACAAGAACAAAUGUCGCACAGUAAUGUGUCAUCAAAGUUAUUGUCAAAUGUGGACAUCUUAAUGGACAACUCGGUGAAUAUGAUCAAAGAUGUAAAUUUAUUAGUGAAUUCACCGGAUGCUUGUGUGCAACAACAACUGAGAUAUGACAACAGUGGCAAUAGCGACGAUUACGCCGACAGCGACGAUUAACUUCUCGACAAAUUUUAUUCGAUAACACAAUAGAAGGAAGAAUUACGAAAUAAGAGAACUUGCGAAAACCUAAGGCAAGAAUUCUUCAGAAUUUAUUAAUCAUUUUUUACGUACGUUAUGAAUAUUGUUAAUGUUUUUCCAGUACUAAUAGAACCGUGCCGAAUAUCUUUUUUCGCAUUGUUUCUAUCUCAUAAAACUAUACCGUUCAAUCUUUCUUUUUUUUUUUUUUUAU